UAGCUAAUAUUUUAGCACUACCUUCAAGCUAUGGGGAAUUUUCUUUGUUGCUUUACUACCACGAAAGAAACCAAACCUUUCCCCAUUGAUACCGACUUCAAGUUUUCUUCUCCAUUACCUUCUUGGCCACCAGGUGAAGGUUUUGCUAAUGGAACCAUUGAUCUUGGAGGACUUCAAGUGUGCCAAAUAACAUCUUUCACCAAAAUCUGGCCCAGUUCUGAUGGAGGAUCAGAUGAUAAUGGUGCCACUUUCUUUGACCCCAAUCCAAUACCAGAAGGGUUUUCAAUGCUAGGUUGUUAUUGUCAAUCUAAUGCAACCCCACUUUUCGGUUGGGUUCUCGCCGGAAAAGAUGUUUCCGGCGGAACCCUAGCUAGUCCAGUGGACUAUAAACUAGUUUUAAGUGUGGAUAACUCUUUCUACAUUUGGUUGCCAACGCCACCGGAUGGGUAUAAUCCGGUAGGCUAUGCAAUCACUUCUUCUUCAGAAAAACCUCCACUUGAUAAGAUCAAAUGUGUUCGUGUCGACCUGACGGAUGAGUGCGAAACCGAUGGUUUCUUGUGGGGUACGGAUGAUGGUGUUAGUGUUUACAGUUCGAGACCAAAAACUAGAGGUGCACAAGCUCCAGGGGUUUGUGUAGGUACUUUUGUUGUUGAAGAUGAAAACAAUAGUUAUUCUAUGUUAUCUUGUCUUAAAAAUAAUAACUUUAGUAUGUUAUCAUCUUUUAUGCCUAAUUUGGCACAAAUAAAGGCCUUGGUUCAAGAAUAUUCUCCAAGGCUCUAUUUUCACCCAAGUGAAAGUUACCUUCCAUCUUCAACAACUUGGUACUUUAGCAAUGGGGUCCUAUUGUAUCAUGUUGGAGACGAGUCAAACCCUAUUCCUGUUGAACCCACUGGCUCGAACCUACCUCAAGGUGGUUCGAACGAUGGCACAUACUGGCUUGAUCUUCCGAUUGACGAGACAGAAAGGGAGAGAGUCAAGAAAGGAGAUCUACAAAGUUGUGAGGUCUAUAUACAUGUUAAACCAAUGUUAGGAGCAACAUUUAGUGAUAUUGUUAUAUGGGUUUUCUAUCCAUUUAAUGGACCUUCAACUGCCAAAUUAGGAUUGAUUGAUGUUCCUUUAGGGAAGAUAGGAGAACAUAUAGGUGAUUGGGAACAUAUGACAAUGAGAAUUAGCAAUUUUAAUGGUGUUUUACAUCGCGUUUAUUUUGCACAACAUAGUGGAGGGACGUGGAUAGAUACCACUUCUCUUGAGUUCCAGUCUGGAACUAAUAAUUUCAUAGGGUAUUCUUCGUUGCAUGGCCAUGCAACGUAUCAUACCCCUGGAGUUGUGCUCCAAGGGACGGAUGUGGUUGGGAUAAGAAAUGAUACCGCAAAAAGUGACAUGUUCUUAGAUGUAGGAGCCUCGUAUUCAAUCAUGGCGGCUGAGUAUAUCGAUUCCAUAAUUGAGCCGCCAUGGUUAAACUAUGCGAGAAAAUGGGGUCCUAAAAUAACGUAUGAGAUUGGAGUCGAGCUUGAGAAAUUGAAAAAUUCUUCGGGGAUUCUAGAAUCUACCAUUGAGAGCUUGCUGGAGAUUCUACCAAAUGAAGUUUUUGAAGAGGAUGGACCAACCGGACCCAAAAUGAAAGAUUAUUGGGAGGGAGAUGAACGAUGAAUGAUAUUAUUGGUAAAUAACUUGUGUUGUUAGUAUGUUGCAAAUAAUAUUUCCUUUCCAUUGAAAUUUAUGUAUUGUUUAUCAAUAUUUGAUUAUAAGAUUGUAUUUAGUUUGCCUUUUCUAA